GAAAACCUUUCACGUUACGUCGUCCUUAGACGAACAGCGCGCCAUCGUCAGCGAGGGAUCGCAGGGGGGCCCGCGACCUACCGCAACCCCUCGAUCAUUCGGUGUCGGUUUUUCUUUCGUUUCCAAGUUAUCUCAUCGAAAGUUAAACGCAAAGAAUUAUUUAAAAAAAGAAAAAAACUGAAAAAAAGAGAAACAAUCUAUCGAGGAAUAUAUUUAUUGUGUAGUGUCUGAAUCAAUGGAUCAUCUUCAUCUCCCAUCUGCCUACGGAUCUCGUUGAAAUCUGACAGUGGUGAUAUGACGACGGAUCUGUGACGGCUGAAUGAGCGCGCGCGCGUGUAUAUGAGUGCGUAAUCGACGAGAGCAUAUCGGAAGCAUCAUGCGAAGUGCCGCGAGAUACCGAGACCCGCGUUCUACCCUUUCCGCGUCGCUUCUUUGCGUCCUCCUCACCGCCGUCACCGGCGUUCAUGGACUGAGCAAUGUCUCGAUCGACAUUCCAUUGGCAGUGGCAACUGGCACGACAGUCAACAUGUCCUGCAGAUACGAUCUACAAUCGGACAUGCUUUACACUGUCAAAUGGUAUAAGGGCUCGGAAUUUUUUCGAUAUGUCCCGAAGGAGAUGCCACCGAUCGCAGUGUUUGGAGAUCUCGGAGCAAAAGUUGAGACAAAUCAGAGCGACGCGAAUCGAGUGGUCCUGAAGGACGUGCAGCCCAAUCAUACUGGCAAAUAUCGUUGCGAGGUCUCUGGAGAUUCCCCCUCGUUUAAUACCGUAAUGGUCGCCGGUUACAUGCACGUAGCUAGUCUACCGAACGGCGAUCCUCAGCUGCGAAUCGAGAAGACGCGGUAUGCAGUCGGUGACACUGUACGUGGAAACUGCACGGUACCGUCGGGAAAUCCUCCGGCUAACGUGACGUGGACUGUCAAUGGGACACCGGUGAAUUCAAGUUUCACCCUCAAAAUCGUGGAUAAAAACGACAAUCAACAACAAAUGACGAUUGCUGGAUUGGACUUCGAGACGAUGCAAGAUAACUUCCGCAACGGCAUACUGCACAUCGUUUGUCAGGCCAAUGUCUUUCAUCUAUAUCAGAGAACGGCUGAUGUACUUUUGAAAGAAGAACGUCCAAGAUUGGCAUCUGUAUUAGGAACACGAGAAUCCUCUUAUAUUGGUAAUGCUGCUAAGAAUACUGCUGAGUACUUCUACAUCACUGCCAUAACUACACUGUUGCUCUGCAGCCUGAGAUAACAUCAAUAAAUCCGGAAUACGUUUUACGUGCAUGAUUGUAUCGAGAAGGGAGUAAAUCGUUUGUAAAAUUUUGAAAUUAUUAAAUGGGAUAAAACCUGAGAACAGAAAUCUUUUGUUGAAAUAAAUAUACCGAGCGUAUGUUAUUCGUGUAAAUAGGAUAAAAAAAAUUUAGUGAAUUAUCUAAAUGUAUGCGAUCUACAUCCGCCCCGCGGGCGAAUUUGUAAUCCGAUAAAUAACAUGUCAUAAUUAUAAUGCAAUAGAACACAAAACUGCCAAUGAUUUGGAAAAAUAUUGUAAUUAUUUUGAAAAAUAUUGUCUUUUCUAUCCUCCGAUGAUGAUUUUGAUACCUCUUCUGUAAUCAACACAAUAUAUCCUGUCAUGGUUAUAGAUAAAUACUGUUAUAUUGUUUAUAAAUGAUUUAUUUCGAUGAAAUAUGAAUAAACGAUUCACCUUCGUUAUUUUCAUCUUUAGUACUAGCCCAUAUCUCCUUUAGUAUCCCUUUAUUUUCAAUAUAAAAAACAUUAGAUAAUUUAGCAAUUAAAUAAUUUAUUAGCAUAUAACUUGACUAUUUCGAUCUUAUGUAAGAGCGAUUAUUAGUUGUAAGAAAACUGCUUAGUGAAGAGUAUGUUCUAAUUUACUAACAUAAACAUGUAUUUCUGUACAAAAAUCAAUUGUAUUGGUUUAUUAACUAGUUGAAGUUGAAUAAAUGAAAUACGACAGGGUGAUAUCACGAAAUAUGUACACCUUGAUUGCACUAAAUAAAACCAUCUUAUUGCUAUUACA